AGUUUCAUUCUAGCAUGCAAGUAUUUAAUUGCUGCCAUACUUAAACAAUUUCUAUAAACCAUGGCCUUCGCAGUAUCUAUAUAUUUCAUCCUUCUUUCACUGCCAUACUUAACAAUUGCCCGUACCAGCAAUGUAACUUUGGGUGAAUCACUCACUGCCACUGACGAUAACUCUUCAUGGGUAUCACCAUCGGGCGACUUUGCUUUUGGUUUCCGGCGGAUGAACGGAACUGGAGGUUUCCAUCUGGCCAUCUGGUUCAACAAAAUACCUGAAAAAACCAUAGUUUGGUCAGCCAAACGCGACAAUCUAGCACAAGAAGGAUCCAAAAUUCAACUCACUACAGAUGGCAGGUUUGUUCUCGAAGACCCAAAUGGCAAUAAUAUAUGGUCUGCAAAUUUGGGCAGCGGAGCAGCCUAUGGAGCUAUGCUUGACAGUGGAAACUUCGUGCUAGAAAGCAACAAUUCUGCCAAUACUUCUGCCUUUUUGUGGCAGAGUUUUGAUAAUCCAACAGACACAAUGUUACCAACACAAAGAUUGAGUCGAGGCAAAAAGCUCGUCUCUAGCUUCUCUAACAAAAAUCUUUCAAGUGGAAGAUUCAAGUUUGAGCUGCAAACCAGUGGAGAUCUGGUGCUUUCCACCUUAAAUUUUCCUCUGGAUACAACCAAUAAAGCUUAUUGGUCAACCACAACUGCGGGCAGUGGCUUUGAGGUGAUCUUCAACCAAUCUGGCUACGUCUACCUCACCGCAAGUAAUGGAAGCGUACUACAAUAUGUAUUCGAAAAUUCAAUUUCACCAAGCCAAUUUUACCAGCGAGCUGUUCUUGAAUUUGAUGGAGUUCUCGUCUAUUACGUCUACCCAAAAUCUGCUGGCUCAACUGGUGGAAGGCGUAUGGAAUGGUCGCCUUCUUCUACUUUACCUGAAGACAUAUGCAUGAGCAUCAGGCAAGAUACUGGUGGUGGGGCUUGCGGGUUCAACAGCUACUGCACAUUAGGAGCUGAUCGGAGACCAAUAUGCAACUGCCCGCCCGAAUACAUCCUAAUGAAUCCAAAUGAUGUAGUGAGUGGAUGCAAGCAAAACUUCAUUCCCCAAAAUUGUGAUGCUGAAGUAUCACCAGAAACAGAUCUUUUUGGCUUCGAGGACAUGACCAACACAGACUGGCCGGAUUCUGAUUAUGAAUAUUUUCAAUCAGUGACUGAAGAUUGGUGCAGAGAAGAGUGCUUGAGAGAUUGUUUUUGUGCUGUUGCUAUUUUUAGAGGUGGUAGUUGUUGGAAGAAGAAGAAUCCUCUCUCAAACGGGAGGAUUGAUCCCAGUGUUGGUGGAAAAGCGUUGAUAAAAAUCAGGAAACAGAAUUCAACAGGAACAUCUCCAGGUGCAAGGCCAGAAAAGAAGAAAGAUCAAUCAACUCUUAUCAUCUCUGGAUCAGUGCUAUUGGGCAGCUCUGUGUUGCUGAACUUUGUUUUACUUGUGUCAACCCGUUUGGUCUUGCUCGGCUUCAAUAGAAGAAAAACAAAGAUGCUUCAACCAUACUCUGUAGUGCCAGGCCUGAAUCUGAGAAGUUUCACUUACAAUGAGCUAGAAGAAGCUACCAAUAAAUUCAAUGAAGAACUUGGUAGUGGUGCUUCAGGGACAGUGUACAAAGGGUUCCUGAAGAAUGAAAAUGGGAAGAUAGUUGCUGUCAAGAAGUUAGACAAGAUGGUGAGUGAAGGAGAGGACGAAUUCAAAACCGAAAUGAGCACAAUUAGCCGGACUAAUCACAAGAAUUUAGUCCAACUUCUUGGAUACUGCAACGAUGGGGAACACCGGCUAUUGGUGUAUGAGUUCAUGAGCAAUGGAUCUUUGGCAAGCUUUCUGUUCCAAAAUUCAAGGCCUAAUUGGUACAGAAGAAUACAGAUUGCCUUUGGAACUGCAAGAGGGCUGUGUUACAUGCACGACGAGUGUAGCACCCAAAUCAUACACUGUGACAUUAAGCCUCAAAAUGUUCUUCUGGACGAGUCUUUCACAGCGAAAAUAUCUGAUUUUGGAUUAUCCAAGCUUCUGAAGAUUGAUCAGUCUCGAACCACAACUGGAAUAAGGGGAACAAAAGGGUAUGUGGCCCCUGAAUGGUUCAGGAACAUGCCUAUUACAAUCAAGGUAGAUGUCUACAGCUUUGGUAUCUUGCUGCUAGAGCUCAUCUGCUGCCGGAGGAAUGUUGAACCAAACGGGGAGUGUGAAGAUGAAAUGAUAUUGUCUGACUGGGCAAGUGAUUGCUACACAGAAGGGAAACUUCGAUUGUUAGUGGAAAAUGAUGAGGAGGCUAAGGAUGACAUGAAGAGGUUCGAGAAGUUUGUCAUGAUCGCGAUUUGGUGCAUUCAGGAAGAUCCGUCACUAAGGCCAACCAUGAAGAAAGUCACACAGAUGCUUGAAGGAGCUAUUGAAGUUUCUGUUCCUCCAAACCCAUCCUCACAUAUUAGUUCAUCAAUUUAAAUCCUAUCACAUUGCCAUGCUUGUUUAUAUAUGCUUGUGAUCAGGUUUUAUUUUUUAUUUAUUUAUUUAUUUAUUAUUAUUAUUUUUUGCAGUGUGAAAAUGUUAUGAUGAUGUGCUUAUAGGUGUUAGUUCAUUCAUAAUAAAUUGAUUCAAUGAAGAAAGUCACAUAGGUGCUAGAAGAA